AUGUCGGAAGAUUCGAAAUGGAAAGCUGCCGUCACAAAGGAUGUCACUGCUCUUUACGCGGCCGUCGAGGAGAUCGUGCGAACGCUCCAGCUGCCAUCUCUGCCGCAGAUGCUCGUCUCUACGCAAGAUCCUGCUAUUUUCUUCGACCAGGAGGAACAGGGCAAUGACCCUGAUGACGAGGACCAGUCAUUUGACAAUUCGCCCAAGGUGACCCCCGUCGCUGACAAUCUGUCACACGUACCUAUUGAGUCGCUAUAUCAAAUCACCGGGAUGCGGUCGCUAAGAGCUUCUGAGAAUAUCACUGAAGAUCAGUCGCGAAUAUGCAAGCAAUUGCGAGAUACUGACUUCAUUGCAAGAGGGCUGAUGAAGCAAGAAGACGCAGAGCAUCUGGCCAACUACUAUCUAAGCAAGCUUGAUCCCUAUAUUUGGCACAUAUGUCCCGACUACACGGAUUUGGAGUCCUUCCGACGUCGAUCACCCACUCUGACCGCGUGUGUUCUCACUGUGGCUGCCCUUCACGACACUAAGCUGGGUCACCUCUACCCCAUUUGCAGCAAAGAAUACAGGAGAUUGGUUGCCAACGCCAUGUUCGAACGGAAAAUUGACAUGGAGUAUCUGCGAGCCUUGGUUCUUGGAUCGUACUGGCUGAGCGACAUCUCAUGGACAUUAUCUGGUUAUGCCAUUCGCCGUGCCAGCGAAUUUCAUCUUCGACAGUACUACCACGAAAUAUCAGAGUCGGUCAAAUCGCCUGAAAAGGCUGACCCGGCAAAACUGCAGGAAGCCAUGGAUGGUAUCAGAGUCCUUUACCUGCUCUACAUAUGCGAUCACCACCUUUCAAUCCUUUACGGCCGCUCAUCUAUCAUGCGUGACAAUGAAAGCUAUAUUACUGGGUGGGAGGCGUACCUGGCUUGCUCACUUUCCACAGACGCCGACCGCAGAAUUGCCGGGCAGAUAUGCUUGAUGUACCUGAUGAACCAAAUACGUGAGACAUUGGGCCCCGAAGAUACAAGCUCGGUAUUGCCAGUCUCUGCUCUUACCAAGAUUGCUGGCUUUGAGCGUGACCUGGAUGACUGGAUCGCCCGGUUUUCACGGCACAAUCCAAGCCAGUACAUUGGCAACUGGCCCAACAAGGGUGCAGUCAUGCAUUACCACUGGGCCAAGCUCUAUCUACAGUCAUAUGUCCUCCGAGGACUACCUGAGUCCGGGGCUGUUAUCCCCGAACACUUCUUGGAGAAUGCUUCGGCCGCGGUCGCUGCCGCAACUGCCAUCAUCAAUCUCCUUUUGGACGAUAAAGACGCCCAAAUAGCUAUUGCCUAUGUUCCGCAUCAUAUCCACGGCAUGAUUGCAUUUGCGUGCAUGUUCCUCUUGAAAAUCGCGACAAAGCACAGCGAGCAGUUGUUCUUGGACACCGUUCGCUUCCAGAAGCUCAUUAAUGCAUUAGCACAACAUUUCAAGUCGACAGACGUCGGCAAAGAUCACUUGAUUCACAGAAUGGCCGAAGGACUCGAGAAGAUGGCAGAGAGCUUGGGAGGACCAGCACGGUCCAAGAACCGCGUCAAGGCCAACGGAGAGCGUUCGAGUCAGCCAUUAGCAUCCCCCAGUCAAGCGGUCGAUGCGACAGUGAACCUAGGGAGAAUCACUAAUGGGCAAUCGGAUGUGCCUGACUAUGGCUCACUGGAUCCCACUGCCUUUGAUUUCGGAGAUCCGGCAUUGGGGCUGGGCAUGCCGUUCUUCGAUUUCGAGGGAACAACACUGGAUGCAGGACAGGCCAUGUGGAAUUUUACGUAG